CAAUUGUGGGUAUGGUUGUUACAAUUUCUCCUAAUUUUAGUUUGUAUAAAAUAGUAGUUUUACCAGCUGCAUCUAAUCCUACCAUCAAUAUCCUCAUUUCUUUCUUGCCAAAAAGGCCUUUGAAUAAGUUUGCAAACAUAUUCCCCAUGGUGAUUGCUUCUAAAAAAACCUUUUCUUUAAAAACACUCUACACCUUUUAAAAUCGCUAACACAUUCACCUGCACUACCCAAAAAGUUGUCGAAUGUCAAUAUGGCGGACGUGGAAGAGAAUCGCAGUUCGUGCCACGUCUUGAGAACCUGCCAAUGGCAUUGGUCAGCGCUGAGCACGUGAUUCAAAGUUGCCAACUUUCUCUGUUCUCUUCUCUUCUAACAAGGAUCUUCUAACCUAACUUUCGAUGUGUUUGACACGUAAUUUGGUUUGAUUUUAGCACUUAUUGAAAAAAAAAUUGUCUCUAAAUCGACUUCUAAAUUCGACAGCUCAGUGGAAUUAUGUCUUAUCCAAUAACUCCAUUUCCUGAUUCAUUUAAUUCGAAGAUAGUGACUCAUUCAGUGGGUGACAAAUCUGACAUGGUGGCAUUUUUCAGAUUUCAAAUGAUGAAUUUCAAAACACUUGCAAAUGGCUUUGCAGUUUUCCGAAAAUCACCACGUAUAGAGUGAAUACUCUCAAAUGCAAAGUAGAAGAUGCUAAAUAUAUUAUUCGAAAGUACUGUCAUGAUACAUUUGGACACGAUUUCGUAAAUAUAAAUAUUCAUCAUCCUUUACUAACCAAUGUAAUAAUCGUUAACAGUAGAGAGAACAUGAAUUUAAAUGAAUAUGAAAAAGAGAUUAUUAUAGACGUCGAUUGUGCAGCUGCCGUUUUGCGAGGGGCCCACAUCUACGCUCCAGGUGUAAUGGGAAUGAUGUCAGGCUCUCAAAUUGGUGACAAAGUGAGUAUUUACGCUGACAUGUUAAAAAAAUGUAAAAGAGGACUUCAGAAACGUCUAUCAGGGGAUGGAGAAAAAUUAUUUAUUGGAAAUGGCGUGGUGAAAAUGCAGAGGCAUCAACUUUUUGCCGAAAAUUUAUAUAUAAGUGGCGUAGCAAUUGAAGUUGUAGAGACAAUUUCCGGGUGUCCACCGAUAGGAGACAAUUUGUUACCUUCAGGAUGGGCAUUGCUGCAAAAUUUACCAUCAGGUCUUCUCGUUGCCAUAGAUAAAACACCGAAUAAAGUAGCCAAAUUGCGAGCCAGAUGUGACCAGUUUGGUGCUGCAGUGCUCUGUUUCCAAGCAGACUCGACCAAACUGGUCGCGACAGAUGCCAUACAAGGCAGACCUGUCACGGAUGGCCCGCCAUUUUUGUCUGGAUCUUUCGACAGGGUUUUAUUGGACGCACCCUGUAGCGUAUUGGGCAAGAGACCGCAGUUAGUGAACAGGCUCAGCGAAAACGAGAUAAAAUCGUAUGUUCCUCUGCAGAGGAAGCUGUUUGAAACGGCUGUCAAACUACUCAAAGUCAAUGGCACUCUGGUGUAUAGCACUUGCACCAUAACUUUGUCGGAGAAUGAAGGGAUAGUAGCGUGGGCGCUGAACAAAUUUGAUUGUCUGGAAUUGGUCAAACCGGAUUUGGCUCUUUCUGGACCAGGAUGGGUAGGAACGUCUUUGACUGAAGAUCAGAUAGCCAAAGUUCAAAGAUUCGGACCAGACCAAAGUGUGGAUUCUGUGGGAUUCUUUUUCGCUUGUUUCAUCAAAAAACAUUGAUUUAAUUCAAAUUCCAUGUGUUCCAAUUUGGAAUUCAUUGUAUUACUCAAUGAUACCAUAAUAUCCAAACAGAUAUAUUUUCGGAAGCAAUAACCAACGAGAAAAAAUAUGCUCCGAAGUCGUUUCACUUGAAAUACUUGGAUUUUUUAAUGUCCAAUAGAAAUGUGACACCCCAGCGAGCACAAAAACAUCUCAGAGAUGUUAAAAGUACGAGAUUUCGAGACAUUGAACCUCCACUGCGAUGUUCUGUUCACACAUGAAUAGAACUAUUAUAGAACAGCCAAUGUCCGCCGCAGGUGACAAUUAUCGAGAUGUCCUUGAUAUGUCACAAAACGACCUUCUCUCUAGUUCUUUUUAAAGCCUUUUCAUGGACACGACAGAACAUUUUCAACGCGUCUUGCGCUCAUUAAAUCGCUGUAAAAAAACCAUUUUGAGGUACUUUUCUGAAGCCUUUUGUCAAAAUGAACUUUUGCAUUAGAAUUCCAUUUCCCUUGAAUGGAAAAAUGCAUUAAAAAUAGAUUGAACAUAAAAAUAUUUUCUUGAUAUGAAAUUACCUUCUUAAUCGGUUUCUGAGUAGUGCUUAUUACUCACAGACAUAUAUAAUUGGACAUAGGUUUCCCAAUUUUUGAAAUGUUCUCCACAAUGCAUAAUUUUGCAACUGCGGAGAAGCUGUGUGUAUUGAUAAAAUAUAUUGAUUACACUGAGGCACCGAACAAUACAUCUUGCAUCUGAUGGUCAUUAUUACAAACUAAAUAGGUCUUCUAACACAAUAAACUUCACCAAAUUCCUUUCUGUUCGUUAGCAGCGUGAUGUAAGCGUGACACGCUGCAAACGCGAAUGCCAAUUGCGAACAAGAAGAACAAAAUCGAAAACAAAUCAGAAUUCAUCGUAUUGUGACGUAAGCAUGAGACGUUGUGGUGGGGCAAACCAAGAAAGGGCACAAAAGAACAAAAACAAUACUUUCAAUAUCCUUUUAAGACCUCUUUGGGAAGUGCAUAUUACGCCUCAAAAAAACAUCCUCAUGCCUACAUUUCUAAAACAUCCCAAAACAUCCCAGGGAUACCUCUCAGUAGGCAAACAAAGAAAUGCCACAGAAGAACAAAAACAAUACUUCAAUAUCCUUCAAAGACCUUUUUGGUCAGUGCAUAUUACGUCUCAAAAUAACAUCUUCAUGCCAACAUUUUCAAAACAUCCCAAAACAUCCCAGGGAUAUGUUUGUGCUCGCUGGGACAUGACCUUUACCGUCUUAAGGUGUCAAGAGCUGGUGCCAUUACCUUAUUCUCAGAUUUGAAAACUAAACAUGUUUGUUAUACGGGAUUGACAGUGAAAUACUCUUAUCAAACUCGUUACGCUAUUAUUCUGAGUACUUUUCAACUGCAUAUUUAUCAUCGAACAAGAACUUGUUGUUCGAUGAUAUUAUUCAGGUUGCCUCUUCAAUGAAUCUUUUGUUCGAAAUAGAAGAAAUAUGCUUUGGAAAAUUGAAAAUCUAGUGGUAUGGGAUGAUUUUUGUAAUAUAAAAACUUUAUUUC